GCGUUUACCUCAGAAAAGCGCCGGUGGGGCGGGAGGCGAGAAAAAGGAAAGCGGGAGCAGGUGGGCAAACCAGGACGCUCUUUCAAGCACGCGGGGAUGUGACCGGCCGCCGACCUCCCUUUUUCUGCCUGACUCCUGACUCCUGUGGCGUGUCUUCCUUUCUAGGCGGAACGCUGCCUUCUUUUCCAUUUAGUUUGGCUUCUCCCGCUACUCUCCACCAUGGCGUUGAAGAUGGUGAAGGGGAGCAUCGACCGCAUGUUCGACAAGAACCUGCAGGACCUGGUGCGGGGCAUCCGCAACCAUAAGGAGGAUGAGGCAAAGUACAUUUCUCAAUGCAUUGAUGAGAUCAAACAAGAAUUGAAGCAGGAUAAUAUUGCUGUGAAAGCAAAUGCUGUUUGCAAACUCACCUAUUUGCAGAUGCUGGGGUAUGAUAUCAGUUGGGCAGCAUUCAACAUCAUUGAAGUCAUGAGUGCAUCCAAGUUCACUUUUAAAAGGAUUGGAUAUUUAGCUGCCUCUCAGUGCUUUCAUGAAGGGACAGAUGUUAUAAUGCUGACAACUAACCAGAUCCGAAAGGACUUGAGUAGCCCCAAUCAGUAUGAUACUGGAGUUGCGCUAACGGGUUUGUCCUGUUUUGUGACUCCCGACCUUGCUAGAGAUUUGGCAAACGACAUCAUGACUCUGAUGUCUCACACAAAGCCUUACAUCAGGAAGAAGGCAGUGUUAAUCAUGUAUAAAGUGUUUUUGAAAUAUCCCGAAUCCCUUCGGCCUGCAUUCCCCCGCCUGAAGGAAAAACUGGAAGACCCAGAUCCUGGUGUCCAAUCAGCUGCUGUGAAUGUUAUAUGUGAGCUAGCCAGACGCAAUCCAAAGAAUUAUCUUUCUCUUGCUCCACUCUUUUUUAAGCUGAUGACAUCAUCCACCAACAACUGGGUCCUUAUUAAAAUUAUAAAAUUGUUUGGUGCUCUCACCCCUUUGGAACCCAGGCUAGGAAAGAAAUUGAUAGAGCCCCUGACCAAUCUAAUACACAGCACUUCGGCCAUGUCACUCCUUUACGAGUGUGUGAACACAGUAAUAGCAGUGUUAAUCUCUCUUUCCUCGGGAAUGCCCAACCACAGUGCAAGCAUCCAGCUCUGUGUGCAGAAGCUGAGGAUACUGAUAGAAGACUCAGACCAAAACUUGAAGUAUUUGGGAUUGCUGGCAAUGUCCAAAAUCUUGAAAACACAUCCUAAAUCGGUACAGUCUCACAAGGAUCUCAUUCUCCAGUGCUUGGAUGAUAAGGAUGAGUCCAUCCGCCUCCGAGCUUUGGAUCUUCUGUAUGGAAUGGUGUCCAAGAAGAAUUUGAUGGAAAUUGUAAAGAAGCUGAUGAUCCAUGUGGACAAAGCUGAAGGGACAACUUACAGGGAUGAGCUGCUAACCAAAAUCAUUGAUAUAUGUAGCCAGUCCAAUUACCAGUACAUCACAAACUUUGAAUGGUACAUCAGCAUCUUAGUGGAGCUGACACGGCUGGAAGGUACAAGGCAUGGCCACCUCAUUGCCUCCCAGAUGUUAGACGUGGCAAUCCGAGUGAAGGCCAUCCGCAGGUUUGCUGUGUCCCAGAUGGCCAUGCUUCUAGACAAUGCUCACUUGCUAGCCAGCAACACGCAGAGGAACGGAAUCUGUGAGGUGCUGUACGCUGCAGCUUGGAUAUGCGGAGAAUUCUCAGAACACCUGGAAGAACCCCAGCAGACCCUGGAAGCCAUGCUGCGGCCUAAAGUGACCACGCUUCCAGGCCACAUCCAAGCAGUUUAUGUCCAAAACAUGGUGAAGCUUUAUGCCUCACUUCUGCAGCAGAAAGAACAGGCUGGUGAGAAGGAAGUGGCCCAGGAGGCAACCCAGAUGAUGAUUGACCGUCUGCCACAGUUUGUGCAGAGCGCGGAUCUUGAAGUCCAGGAGAGAGCUUCCUGCAUCCUCCAGCUCAUGAAGUACAUCCAGAAGCUUCAGGUCAAAGAGGUCCCUGUGGCUGAAGAGGUGACUGCCUUAUUUGCCGGGGAGCUUAACCCAGUAGCACCUAAAGCUCAGAAGAAAGUUCCAGUCCCAGAAGGUUUGGAUCUCGAUUCUUGGAUCAAUGAGCCGCCUUCAGACAGUGACUCCGAAGAUGAAAAACCAAGGACCAUAUUCCACGAUGAAGAGCAAAGGCAUUCAAAGCAACGGCAGCCUGAAGUGGAUGAGGAGGAGCUGGCCAGGCGUCGAGAAGUUAGGAAACAGGAGCAGGCAAACAAUCCAUUCUACAUUAAAAGUUCUCCAUCUCCACAAAAGAGAUACCAGGAUAGCCCCGGUGUUGAGCACAUACCUGUGGUUCAGAUUGAUCUCUCUGUUCCUUUAAAAGUUCCUGGUUUACCAGCAUCUGACCAAUAUGUGAAGUUGGAAGAGGAGCGACGGCACCAACAGAAACUGGAGAAAGACAAGAAGAAAAAGAAGCAGAAGAAAGAAAAAUGGGGCAAGAACCGUCGCCACAAUUCCCUGCACACAGAGAGCGAUGAGGAUAUUGCACCUGCCCAGCAUGUGGAUAUUAUCACAGAGGAGAUGCCAGAAAACGCUCUUCCCAGUGAUGAGGAUGACAAGGAUCCAAAUGAUCCCUACAAGGCCCUGGAUAUUGAUUUAGAUAAGCCUUUAACAGAUAGUGAGGCACUUCCUGUGCAGAGGCAUCGAAACGCUGACGAUCUUAAAUCUCCUCAAGAAACGCAAGCUCCCCCGGUUGAAAAGAAAAGCAAGAAGCCCAAAAAGAAGGAAAAGAAACACAAAGAGAAAGAGAGGGAGAAAGAAAAAAGGAAAGAGCGAGAAAGAAAAACAGAUGAAGACGACAAAAAGCCUCAAGACGUGGACCUGUGGCUUUCUGAUACCCCACCGCCUGUCCCUGCCAUGGAGGCAAAGCAGAACCUGCCUGAAGUCAGUGUAGAUCCAACGGAACCCGAAGAACCUAAGAAAGAGGAGGAACUUCAGGAAGAAGACGACGGAAAGAAAUCCAAGCAUAAAAAGAAGAAGCAUAAGAAGGAGGAAAAAUCCAAAGAGAAGAAGCUUCCAAAGCAUCGUGACAGAGGGGAUGAGCCGCAGACGGAAUCUGUGCAGAACGGAACUCUGGAGGAAGAGCCACUGCCGCCUAUGUCAAGCUAUGACCUCCUUGCUGAAAACCCAUACAUUAAAAUGACCUACGAUAUCCAAGGGAACCUCCAGAACGAUAGCCAGGUUACCGUUUCUGUGAUCUUUGAGAAUAAGAGCAGCAGUUUCCUGAAGAGCAUGGAGCUGAAUGUUUUGGACUCUCUGAAUACGAAAAUGCUGCGGCCGGAAGGAUCCUCCAUCCACGAUGGGAUACCUGUCCCUUUUCAGCUGCCUCCUGGAGUCUCAAAUGAAGCCCAGUUUGUGUUCACCCUGCAGAGUAUCGCCAUGGCACAGAAACUAAAAGGGACCUUGUCAUUUAUAGUCAAAGAUGAUGAAGGCUCAACACAUGAAAAGUUAGACUUUAAGCUGUGCUUCAGUUGUGCCUCUUACCUAAUUACGACACCCUGUUACAGUGAUGCUUUUGCCAAGCUGUUGGAGUUGGGGGACCUGCAUGCCAGCUCAAUUAAAGUUGAUGGCAUCACCAUCCCUUUCCAUCACCUCCUGGCAAAAAUUUGCUUCCACCACCAUUUCUCUGUUGUUGAACGUAUGGGGGCCUGUGCAUCCAUGUAUAGCCGUUCUAUCCAGGGCCAUCAUGUCUGCCUACUCGUGAAAAAGGGAGAAAACUCUGUGUCCAUUGAUGGAAAAUGCGACGAUUCGACCUUAUUGGGAAAUCUGUUGUCAGAAUUCAAAGAAACCCUGUCAAAAUGCUGAGUGCUCUCGGAAUCGGGCACAGUCCCUCGUCCUUCUGUCCCUCCAGACGGGCAGCAUCCCGAGGCCCACGGACUGAAACCAUGUGGAGCAUUCGAUUUCUCUCCCUCUGUGCGCAUGUUUGAUCUCCCAGGGCAUGUGUUUUCCAUUUCCUCUCCCUCCUGGGUUGUUGUAUUCGUUCUAUUUUUGU